AUGUCACCAUCCCACUUUGAACCAGUUUCGCCUAUCGACAUCACCGCCGCUAACUCUUCUAAACGCAACACCCGCGCUGUUGGAUUUUCCGACCUCGACCUCGACGAAAAAUCAGACUUCAGAAGUAACGUGAGAGCAUUCCCCUCGAGGACAAAUUCGACGGCUUCCUCUACUGCUCCGUCGGUGAAUCAACCAGUGAGGAAGGCUCGCUUUGCCGAAGCCACUUCUGUCUUCUCACCAGCGGAUGGUCCUGGAGAACAUCUAUCUCCAUUCGCAGAUCCCAAGAUGGCAGACCAUCAAACCGACAACGCAAGGGCCACUCCCAAGCCAUCAGAUGUUGGCUUCGGCUAUAUCUCAGACAACCAACCUGUCGAACAACAUGCAACGAUACGAGGUGAUCUCAAUCCCGGUGGUGGUCCGUUGAAAUCCGCUCUCAAGACACCCGGCACAGCAGCACGUCUACUGAACCCGUUAAGCCCAACGUUCAGAGAAGAAGUAAUGUUGGAGAAGCAGGAAGACAGCACCGACAAGGAACAGGCCAAGGAUCUGAAAGUCAAAACCCGUGUGCGCAUGGCCAAAAUGAUUCUCCGCGGUGUCAACUUCAGCUGUUCACUGAUCGUGCUCGCCAUGCUCUCGACGGUCUUGACCAUCUUCCACGCCACCAAAGCAAUCCCACCCCGCAACAACAUGCCCGCAUGGGCACCCAACCAAAAAACAUGGCCACAGAUCGUCGUGCUGUCGAUCGCAUGUGUCUCACUACUGUUCUCCAUCGUCGUCAUCUUUGCUUACUGCCGGGGCGGACACCGCCGCGCCGAGAAAGUCGCCGUCUACUACACCAUGUUUGCGGUCGGAUGGUUCAUGUUCAGCAUCAUCAUGUGGGUUGUCGGGGCCGGGGUGCUGCACGGCUCGAAAUCCAACGGGAACGGACAGGACAUGUGGGGGUGGAGCUGCAAGGACAACAAGCGGCGGCAACUGUUCGAGGACGACGUGCACUACGCGCUCGUGUGCCGGCUGCAGGACUGGUCGCUGAUCUGCUGCAUCAUCGAGGUGGUGGUCGAGGUCAUCGUCAUCGCCAUCUACGGCAUCGUCUUCUACCGCUUCUGGAGCAAGAACCGGCUGCGCAAGUCCAUGGACGCCCGCGACAAGGCCCGCACAGAUCUCUACCUCGCCCAGCUGCGCACCCAGUCCGCCCCCAACACCCCGGGCUUCGCACAGACGCCCCGCACCCCGGCCUUCCCGGGCUAUCACAACAGCAAGGCCUACGACGCAUACAACAGCGCCGAGCGCGGCGAGUCGCCCGUCCGCUCGCCCCAGUCCGCUGGCAGCAACACCACCGCCUCGCCCUUCAGGCUGCAGGCCCCGCCCAUCCGUGUGCAUCACGCGACGCCCAAGGCCCCCGCGGCCGAGACGUUUGCCAUCGACACUUCUCGCGCCGUCUCGCCACCCCUCUCCUCCCCGCUGCCCAAGCCAGAGGACAGAAUCCACAAUCACGCCGAGGCCGCCGACGGCGAGCAAACCUACGCCGCCGUCCCCAUCCCCGGCGCGUAUCAGACGUCCGCGAGGGCCCCCACGCCCGGUCAGGCGUUCUGA